AUGCCUGGAAAUACCGUUAUAGUCAAGCCUAAAGGUCUACUGAGAGGACAAGGAUGGAAGAAAGAAACUGUCUUAGCUACUGAAUUGCGGAUACCGUUCAUACGAUGUUAAUGUGCCUCGAUGGUAAACUAUCUGCAAGAAACCGUGUAGAGACCACAAAGGCUAUAUACAGAACCUGCUCAAUGCGCUAAGAUGGAACUAAAUACCGUUAUUCGAACACGUUCGAGGAGCUUGGUGAAAAUGCCGCAGAGAUACUCUAGCAGAACGUAAAAUUGCAAAUUUACUGGAGAACGGUGUUAGAAGGUGCACCGUAUUGCGAUGCAUCAUGGGAUGUCCGUGGAGAUACAACCUUUCGUAAUGGCGUUGAGUUGAGUUUAUUGUUCGUGUCUGUUAAGAUUGGUCUUGCAAAACACUGAUAAACAGAAAAGUUGUUCAACGACGCAAUCACUCUAAAUAUUAUUGUUAAUUCCUCAAAAGAACUUUAACUGUAAAGCGUAAGCGUGCCUUUAAGGAAUGAUAAUUUGACUUCUUCAGUGGUAGUUUUGUUGAAGUAUUAGACAGUUGUAAAGAGAUUUUGUUUCGAAUAGAAUUCCGUUGCUCACUACACUCGCGAAACAUUUACUCACUGGCAGUGCAAAUUUGGUGCAAAAAAGUGCAAGCUAAGGUUAACUAAAGGGCAAAGAUGGUAAAUACCGCAUUUGCCCUCAAAUUUACAACCCCGCGUAAACUGGCAGGCAAAUGCGGCAUUUACCAUCUUUGCUUUUGAUUUCCCCCUAGUUUGCACUUUUUUGCACCAUAUUUGCACCUAGUAAAUUUUUGUAAAUCCGCUUUUUCGUGCAGUGAAUUAUCAUUAAAAUGGAGAGAGAAUUAUUUCCUGCUCUACUUUGUCACUUCGUUUUGCAGCGUACUCCAGUAACAUAAACCAAAAAAAGAACGAGGUAAAUAAGAAGCAGCAAAGUACCAGGAAAUUAUUGGAUGAAUUUGCCAGAGAGAUUGACGUCAGUUGUCAACAAGGUAGGGAGAGGGACAUCCUGAGAGAACAAGGACAGCUACUCACUUGUUGUAAACAUUCGCUGCUACUCGAUCUUCGAGGAUGGGAGAAGGACUCAAAUAAGCAAAGAGGAGGGUUUGCAAGACACGUAUUUCUAGUUAAUUUAAUCAUAACAACCAUACGAAGGGAACUACCUGGCCUCUUUGAAAGAGCGCAUUUUUAACAUUUGGGCAUCUUUUAUAUUUUUGCUUAUGUAAUCGAUUUGCAAGCUAAAAAAAUGCUAAAUUGAGAAUUUGAAAUUAUAGCUUAGUACAUGCAGUUGUAUACCUUUCGAAGGAGCAAGAGGCAUGGGUUCCUUCUCAAACAAUGCACUGGGUUAAGUUAGAGGCCAACUGAACAUGUCCUGGAGCAGAAGGGACAAAGCGCUAUCAUCUUCAGUCGUUAAUGUUUCAAAGGGUUUAUUCACAGCCCAUUCAGGUGCGAAUUUCCGCUCUGCAUGAAGGAUUUUCGAAAUGGAAAAAGCUUUACUACGAUUCGAUCAAGGAAGAUGAACUUUAAUUUAGAUUUUCACAAUCCCUUGUUGAAAUACAUUAUUGAAACUUGUAUAGUAAAAAGAUAACAGUGUUAGGUUUCCACCUCGAUGAAAGAACUGUAAAGUUUUUCUUUGCUACAGAUCAAGUUACCAUUCACCCCAUGUAAGGGAAUCCAGGGCUGUCUUGGUUUCUGUAAUAAACGCUGAGGAUUCCGGAUUGCAGGUACUGGAUUCCCGUAUUUGUCAGUGGAACUUGGAUUCUGGAUUCCAAUCGUUAGUAGGAUUCCCGAUUCCUUAAGCUGUAUUCCGGAUUCCAAACCCCAGGAUUCCGGAUUCCAUAAGCAAAAUUUUGCGGGAUUCGGGAAUCUUGAUUCCUUUACAUGGGGCAAUAUCAUUAUUCCUUUUUUUAACUCUUAAUGUGUUGAAUCCGAUGUUUUCCUCGUUUUACAUAGCUCGUGAGUAUUAGAGGUUCUCACAACGAGGAUGACCCCAUUGUAGAUGCAUUUCUAACCAGUUUGGAAAAACUAAAUUCCGUGUUGCAUGUUUAAGCCUUGACGUAUGCAUCCUAUGUGUAUACCCUGCUCCGCGGUACCUGGUGUUAAAAAUUGCACUUCAAUGUUAGGCCCCGUUUUUAAGGAGAAAAGGUCCCAAAAAAGUGGGUCACUCUUCCAAACGAGUCAACAAUGCUCGCGUGCGUGCUCUUAUUGCCUAAAACACCGCUUGCGCAUGCUCUGAUUGUCUCGCCUUGACCAAGUUGACCUGGCUGGGCGAGCCAAGGUGUUUUUAUGGAGGAAAGUUGGCCCGGUUAGGUGGGCGACCCUGUCAUCCAAAAAGGGUGAAAUAACAAGCGCGGCGAGUAGACCCUUGUAGCCGAGCCAACUUUUGUUUGCCAGGUUAACGGUUUACCAAGUUUUAUAACGAGAUGGACUCGAAACGUCGGAACGUUGGCUCGAGCCCAGGGUACCUCGGCUGGGUGAGUGACCCUUCUACACGGAACAACUUUUCUCAAUAUAAACGGGACCUUAAGUUCGUAUGCAUUUAAGAAGUACGUUGAAUCGAUUAAGCAUAAAAAGACCAAUUUAUAACAUUAAGAUUCAUUAAUUGCUUCCUCUCACUUUAGAAAUAACUUGCAACUUUGAUGUAUCAAUGUGCGGUUUCGAGCGAGGCAAAGAUGGGACGCUUGACUGGACUCGACACAGGAGAAGCCCAUCUUCCAGUAAAGGACCUUCCUUUGAUCACACCACUGGAAACAUGACAGGUGAACUCUAAAUUAAUUAAAUUAUAACUAGCCAGAGUUACUAUUAGCAGAGAAAGUUACGGUUAUUUAGAGCAUCCAGUGAUCAAAUUGUGGACAAAAAGAAUUAAACCAAUUUUUUUUUUUUUGGGGGGGGGGGGGGGGGGUUUAAACUUAAAUCCAAAUUUUUUACUAUCUCAGGUUUUUUCCCCCACCCCUGAAAAAUCCAGCCCAACCCCCCCUUUUUUUUUUUUUCUCAAACCAAAUUUAAAAUUAAACCCCCCCCCAAAAAAAAAAAAAUUUCCCAUUACAUGGAACACCCCAAAAAAAAAAAAAGAAAGGGGGUGGUUUCAUAUCGAAUCUCGUAUUCAGUACUCUCCACGGUAAUUUCAGCCAGACGUGAGAAAUCCAGCCCAAGCACAUCUUUUUUGCUUAUUCGGAAAGCAACGUUAAUAUUUAGCCCCCAUUGAAAAAAAUAGAAACUUCCCUCUACAUUGGAGUCACCCAAGAGAGAAUAAUGGAACGUUAUUCUUUCUUGAGUCAACACAAUGCAAAACGAUAAUAACAGUUAGAACAAUAAUAUCAAUCAAUCAACCGAGCCCUUUUAUUAAACUGACACUGAAAAAUGAAUUGCUACACCUGCAUACCUUUUAAAUCAUAUUAGGGUUUUUAUUUAUUCUCUUUUCAUACCUUAUCUCCGUAAAGAGCGUUUUCACUCACGUGGUCGUUAGCUGUUCAAAUAUAUUACGAAAAAAGAAAGCGUUUACACCAACAUAGCCGUUGUGACGUCACGUGAACGGCUUUAUGGCAUUGGCGGAUCUAGGGCCAGAGAGGGGCUCGGGAGAGGCCAGGGGCCCCUCCUUACAUUUUAGGUACGACUGAGGCCUGUUGGACCAAGAAAAAUUAUCCUCGAGACCGGCUACCCUUAUUCUUAGGGCCCGUUUCAGCCAAACAGCGCCCCCCCCCCUCCCCACUUACUUGAUGAUCUGAAUCCGCUAAUGUAUAGUAGCCCUUUUUGCUCCUGCUAUACAAUAUCCAGUUGCAUGUAGCACUUCCCAUGGCUCUCAACUCCAGAAAGGAGCCUUAAUACUGAAGUUUUUAUUUUUACAAAAGGCUUUUUAAGCUGAUCAGUCUAACUUACUCACGUUGCACUUACGAGGUCAGAGAACUGUUUUAGCAUUUGCGCGCAAAUUUUGAAAAAUCUUAUUCUAGGUCAACUGCAAAACGUUUUUUAGUAAGCACGGGUGAUUUUUCUUCCCUGUAUCCGUAUCUCUUUGUAAGUUAUUACACAUUCAUUUUUUACAGUUAUCUAGUCAACAAGAACUUACAAAUGAUUAUGAAGAAAUGAUCGUCGCAGUGAACGCAAUUUAUGCAAUUGCGUAAAGAAGCCAGAAAAAAAUUCAGGACUUCAACGGGGUUUGAACCCGUGACCUCGCAAUUACCGGUGCGAUGCUCUACCAACUGAGCUAUGAAGCCACUGACGUUGGGAGCAGGUCAAUUGUGGGUUCAUAUGUUCCUGUGAAAAAAAUGAGUGUUAAUAAUAUAUGAAAUAAAUCAUAUAUGAACUGCGGAAAUUGCGAGGUCACGGGUUCAAACCCCGUUGAAGUCCUGAAUUUUUUUUUUCAAGUUUCUGCGACGAUCAUUUCUUCAUUUUCAUUUCAUUUCCGCAGUUCUUAUAUGAUUUAUUUCAUAUAUUAAUAAGAAGAACUAACAAAAUUGGACAGUCGGUCCUCAACUUAAAACUACGGGUUAGUUAUAUAUAAGUUGCUACCCUCUAUCCAUCUUUAUCUCUUUAAAGGUUAUUACAUGUACAUAACAGCAUCCAGUCCAAAUCAAGCAGGUGAUGAUGCAAAAUUGUACAGUCCUCCACUGAAGUUCUUUGGGAUUAUGUGCCUUGAAUUCUAUUACUGUUUGUCUGGUGCUGCUAAUGGAAGGCUGAACGUCACCAUAAAUGAAACAGUAGUGUUCUCUGCGAGUGGUGAUAAAGGAGGCAUGUGGCAUAAAGCUAGUAUAAACAUAUCAUCUAUUGUGGGAUUGCAUUGGGUAAGCAUUAAUGAGACCACAUCGAUAUCAAAACCGUCUGAAAACAGUUUUCUCUAAACGCAGUAGGAAGCCAAUAAUUUUAAGCGGCAUAAGGGUAGCCUGCGUGGCAGGCGUUCGAAAGGGAAGGGGAAGGGAAUUACGGCGCGAGGGGAUGGGAAUUAGGGCGCGAGACCACGCGCGAGGGAGGAGGGAGGAGGGGAACGCCUGCAAGGAAGCCAUUGUUUUCGCCAUCCCGCCUACUAAUUAAAAAAAUAACAAAAAUAACACGACUGUGAAUGACUAGCUGUCAAAUAAGUCUGGCCGCGAUGCACGUAUUCUAGUCGUAUUUCUCACACUGUUUUUCUUUUGUUUUCCUAAAGCAAUCUAAAGUAAAGGUACUAUAAAAAAGUUCAAACGCCGUCGUCCAUCGAAGGAAUCUUCCUUGAAAGUCGCAACGACCCGUGCGAGUUACAUAAAAUCCAGCACAAAUCUAUUCAAGUUGUUGCUGAAGGAAUCGGACUGGAAAACUAUUUAAUAAGUAAUGUAGCGGCUCCUCGCAACUUUCACUGCAAUGUUUGCCUAAGAAAAAUUAAAACACUUUGCCGUCACGCACUCUUUGAGUUUCUAUCAGGACGAACUGGAUCCAGCCGAGCACACUAAAGAACGCUGGUGGCAAGGAAAGAAGAGCUGAACUUCGAAGAUCUGCAAGAAGGCAACAAUUUAUUAUUAAAGUAAGUUCCUGGCGGUUUUAUAACCGGCAAGAAGAAGUCCUCGACCAAAAAAUCGCCAAAAGUUAUAGAUCGCUUCGUCUUCAAUUAUCUUACCGUUGAUAACGCGGGUCAAACAGCAGAUAACAAGCACACAGGCAGCAUGAUUUUUCGUUUCUUUCGCCUGGCAAGUAAAACCGACAAGCCGUUGGGGGAUAAUACUUUUCAGAACCAGUCAGUAAACCUCAUCUGCUGACAGGCCUUUUCCUUCAUACGGUUCUUUAACUGCUUUUUUCUACUCUCCUUUGAAGCUGAAAUUGAUGCCUUCUAACGAUGAAUUCGCGUAGAGAACUCUCAACACGCUUCACUAACGACAUAUGUUUAGUUGUGAAUGGUAACACUCAAGUUACUGCAUAACAUGUAGGUGACCAAUUAGAACACGCUAUUUAGAUCUUAUCAAAUUUUGACCAAUCAGGAUUUUAACAUUCACCUGGUAGAUGUUAAUAACGAGAAAAACAAUGGUUUCCUGGCAGGCGUUUUCCUCCCUCCUUCCUCGCGCGCCCUUCGCGUUUCUCUCGCGACUAAAACUCCCUUUCCCUUCCCUUUCAAACGCCUGCCACGCAGGCUAGCAUAAGGGAGGAAUCUUUGACAACCUUUUGAGAAUCUUCGAGAGUCUAAAUUCCACAAAUCUUACUUUAGACGGACAUUCUGUAUUUAUCAGUAAAACAAGUAAAACUAUAAUACUUCAUCUGAUCAUUAAGUAUAAAUUAAACACAUACAAAAUGUAAGUUAUAAAUCACUCGAAAGUUCGUAAAUGCAAAGAAAAAUAUCACUUAGCUUUGUAAAGCAGAUGUGCUUACUGUUCGUUUCAAUUAUUUAGUUCUUUAACUUUCCAGUUAAUUUUUCAUUUCUGCAAUUUUAAUUUGUCUUUCAUUAGUCCAUCAUUAAAGCGACCUUUCCAGACUGAUUACACUGUAAUACCAUGUUUUUGACAGGUAACAUUUGAAGGCGUAGUAGGAAGCAGUAUAACUGGUGACAUAGCAAUUGAUGACUUCUUCUUUACAGGGGGGUCUUGUCCUUAUGGUAAGUACUUCGAUCAAAGGGUGUACUUUCACUUAUUUUGAGAAGGAAAAAAGAUUUCUUCACAACAAUGGAUAAAAAAUAUGUAUUUGUUAGGAGGUAUUUUAUACUUGCGUUGAAACUAUUUACGGUUGUCUUUAAAAGAAGUGACAGAAGUAUAUUGUCGGAUGACACUUAAAGGGUGGAUUUAUUUGUAAUAUGCGCGUAUAGCAGUAGUAUUCUCCCAUUGCAAUUUUUCGUUGAUUUUAAGCUCAAAACCAAUUGAACGAGUAGAUGCGAUGGCUAUACGCGUUGCAGGGAAUACUCUUUCCCUUUCCGCAGAGGCCUCUAUGUGUUGUAGGCCGAGGCUGGGGAGAAGGGAAAAUGAAAAUGCAAGGGGUGGGGGGGGGAAUCGUCCAGUGAAUGCUUGCUGUUUUUUUUAUUUUUAUUUUUUAGUGAUUUUUUUGGCCAGUUGAGUAUCCUUUCUCGAGUCGUGAACAGUACAAGUUGAAGUCAGUUACUAUGCUAGGUAUUUAUAGGCCAGAAUUCGCUCGUUGGUACUUCAUCUUGGCAAAAAAAAAGUUCUAUGCAAAGUCUUUUUUGACAACAAUAACCGGAGAAAUAUUAAACUGA